AUGGACUCUUUAUCCUCGAGAUCUACGGUGCAGCAGUUGGCCACAGCUUUGCAACUCUCGAUUCCGGCAUCGGCAGUAGCUCUCGGUGAUUUGACUUUGCUUUCUUUUGGCCUUGGCACCGUGAACUUGGAAGGUCUCGAUGCUGUGGGUGCAGGCUCACAAGAUAUGUACUUUACCGUCAGUGGCCUCAGAUUCCUCUGCGAGUACUUUGCAUUCCUCGUGGGCGGAGACCUUCCCUCCCAAGCUCUCCACCGAAACGAUGAUUCCAACUUUCCGAGUGCGCGUUUGCUUUCCCUCGCUUACAGGCUGAAAGGCACGUCGGACUGGAAGUUCAUUUCCUGGAAACACAGACUUUCCAAACAACAAGAAGAGGAUUACAACUCGGCUCGGCCCAGGAAGUUGGCAAGAUUUGAGAACUUUACCGACGUUCUUUACGACGACGUGCCCUCGCGUAAUGUUGCGGAGAAUAUGGGACUAUAUGGGAUAAGCAAUUUACUUUCCACACAUUCCAACGCCCUCGCGCUUGCGGACGUUGCUCAUCUUGCUACUUUACGUUCCUAUGAGCGCAAGUUCUUGAAACAUGUUCAGGCGAGAACAGACCCAACUUUGCGUCCGCCAAACGCACAGGAGUGCGAAGCAGCAGAUCGUCGAUGUUGGGAGGUCGUCGGUCAGCUCAGGCAGGAGGGCUGGUCGGUCGAUGAUGCUUUGCAUGAGUUCACGGAUGUUCGUGCUGAGUUGGUCGCUUUACUUGCUCCCCGUCUUGCUCCUUUCAAGGGCAAGAAAGGCGACGGCAAAGGCAAGGAACUUUGGAAGGGCCAACCCCAUAAAGGUAAUGGGAAGGCCAAUGGAGGCAAAGGAGGUGCCGGUACAGGAAAGGGGAAAUCCACCUUUACCAAAGGCACACAUGCCUUCGAGUGGGCAAGUAAAGCGAAGAUCAAUGGCGAGCAGAAGGCUCUUGAGGGGGACCGGGUCUUGAUGAUGCAGGCAGGGAAGGCCUGGUUCCAGUUACUUUGCCUGCAGAUGCUCCAGGAGAUGCUCCUUUUCCACAGCUUUUUCCUGGACAUCAACGGGGGGGCUCGUCGCCCUCUCUCGGCAGCUUUUCUGGGGGCUGGCUGUGAGCGCUUGAACUUGCAACGCCUACGCUUGGGUGAGUCAAGCUUGCAUUUCGUCAUCGGCUGUCUGAGCCUUUGA